CACGUGCGUUGCCAGGGCAUUGCAGCUUUAAUUGGUCCAUAAUGCCUUGCGGUGUCCCACUUCUGUUUUCGACGUAAUUUCCAAGAGAGGUCCCCGCCACCGAUGGGCAGAGGCAGAACUGCAGGCUCCCGGGCAGAUCGGCGGAUGUGUGGAUGUGUGCAACCUCCCGUCGGAUGUCCGAUGAGCUGCAGCGGGACGCGUGUUUCCAUCCACCCGGCCGCGGCGCAGCGCGGACCCGCUCCCCGUCACCUCUGCACGGAUUACACACCCCGCACAGGACCAGGGUUUCAUCCGAGCCAGACACACACCAGGAGAGUUCUAGAUGCUCCCACGAAUGCUGAGCUGCGGCUGAAAAGAGGAUGGAAACUAGAACAGCUCCCCCUUGUGGCAUGGAGGAAUAAAGGCCUCUGAAUGAAGGCCAUGGAGCUGAAAGUGUGGGUGGACGGAGUGCAGCGCAUUGUGUGCGGAGUCACAGAGUUCACCACAUGCCAGGAAGUGGUCAUUGCUUUGGCUCAAGCCAUCGGACGCACCGGCAGAUACACUUUGAUCGAGAAAUGGCGGGAGACGGAGCGCCACUUGGCGCCGCACGAAAACCCCGUGGUGUCCCUCAACAAGUGGGGUCAGUAUGCCAGCGACGUGCAGCUCAUCCUCCAACGGACCGGCCCGUCGGUCAGCGAGCGGCCGACCUCUGAGGGACUGGCUCGCGUCCCAGAACGGGGGCUCUACCGCCAGAGCCUCCCACCUCUGGCCAAGCUCCGCCCACCAGGGACGGACCGCUCGCUCAAACGCAAGGAGCCCAAACGCAAGUCUCUGACCUUCACCGGGGGGGCCAGGGGUCUGCGGGAAAUAUUUGGAAAAAGCAGAGACACCGAAGCCAAACAGCCCCAGCAGCGCGGGGUGAGUCUGAGCCUGAGCAGACUCGGAGGCGGUGGAACGGCAUCUGUACCUGGGAGUCCGGCCAGAGAGCUGAGCCGGCUGGUGCAGCUGCAGAGAGACAAACUCCAGGCCCUGGAGAGCCGUCUGCUGGGCUGCGAGGACGAGCUGCGAGACUGGGAGGAAGCCGCUGGCGAGGCCACUGAACAGGAAGGAAACUUGGAGGAUGAGCUGCUGCUUUUGGAGCAGCAAGCGAGGAGGAACGAUGCUGAGGUGGAGGAGGAGGAAUUCUGGCAGAACGAGCUGCAGAUCGAGCAGGAGAGCGAGCGGCAGCUGCGGCAGCAGCUAGCAGAGCUGCAGGGACGCGUGCGUGACUGCGAGGCCAAGCUUUCAGAGUACCUGGCACGCAUUCAGGGCAUGGAAACAGGCCUGGAGCAGGAGCGACUGCAGCAGGAGGCCGAACUCAAUCAGAAGGUCAAGGAGGAGGAGGUGCAGGUCCAGCUGGAGAAAGUUAAGGCGGAGCUGGACAUGCAAAGCCAACUCACAGCGCGGCUGGAGAGCAGCUGCAGGGCGUUGGAGCGCUCACUGUGCCAGUCAGGCAAGAGAUUACAGGAGAAGGAGCAGGCGCUGGAGCAGCUGACGAAGGAGCUGCGACAGGUCAACCUGCAGCAGUUCAUUCAGCAGACUGGCACCAAGGUCACUGUGCUGCCUGCUCAACCCACAGGAGAGAACAAUGAGAUGGAGUUAGGCUCUCUGAGGCGACUCGGCUCCUCCCGGCUCCUGCCCAGCGACCUCCGCGCUCUGCAGAGCACCGUGUCCUCCAGCCUCAACCCAGAGGGCAUCUACGUCUGACUCCAGACGGGCAUCCAGACGGCCCCACGGUACUGAUUCUGUACCUGAAAAUCCUGAGAAAUGUCUCCACAAACUGUAUAAAUGGAUUGCAGCAUCGCGCUGGAGGGACACCUCCAGUUUGCAAAAAAAAAAAACAACAAACGUGCAUCGUCUUGCAUCUUCUCUGCUCAGCGUCCACCUGGACUGACUCCAUUUGAUGUUGACCUGUAAUUGCAUAAUAACAUUUAACGUGUUGAUCGAACUCAGACAGGUGUGUGAGGAUUUCCACCAAAACGCCAAGGAAAGGAGGAGAAACUUAUUUAAAAUGGGAAAAAAAGAAACUAGCAGCUUUACUCAGCUGCUCCAGAUGGACUUUGAGUGCUGUACAUGAUGAGACUAUUUCAGGACUUUGACUUGUGUGUUCACACAAGAAAAAAAAAAGAAAUAAAUACAUAAAAAAAAUGCAUGAGCAUGCACAGACACCUGUCCUACAACCAUAGCCAUAUCUGACUGCCUUACUCUGGUGUCCUCAGAUCUCAAGGUAGCUUUUGAACACUAUGCGGCGUAUAAAUUUGAUAAAAUGCAUAAAUGCGCCAGUUCAGGUGUCUCCUGGUCAUAACUGAUGUCAGUAAUAACUCAGCAUCGGGUCAAUUCUAUUUUUUUCCAACACAAGUUUAGACUUUUGUAUUGAUUUGAGUGGGAAAUAAAUUAUGCUCUUAUUCUUAGCUAUGAAAGAACCCUCACCUACACGAGAAGACAGUUUAAAGUAGUUUUAAUAGGUCACUGAAGUAACUCUAAAAUGUAUAUAGACGGAUGAAAUGUCGAGGCCUUUAAGUCUGACUCUACGAUUCAAAUGCAGUGUCGGUAGUUUGACCACCAGGUGGCGACAAAGCAUAGAGCAAAGAGGAAGUAAAUAGUGUGAAAGACGCUCUUGCUCAUGUACAGCUGUGUAUUAUUUUGUAAGAAACACUCAGCACUUUAGAUUCCAGAGUGUAAAGGUGCCACUAAUCUUUGUCAUCAUAAUUAUUUUUUAAACAUUUUAACAAAUUAAAGAUGUCUCAUGUGAACCAAAGGUAGCGUAGGACAACAAAUAGUUAGAUGAAUGUACUGUUUUUUUCCCCAUCAUAGGUCAGUAACAGUAAUUGCAUAUUAUGCACGAGCUGUUGCCAUCAGGUGCCAGAUGGGUUUGCUUUGUCACACAGAAGGGUAUAGGAUGCAGAAAUAGGUACAAUUCAGACUCCAGAGUGAAUUUUUUUCUUACUUUUUUGCCAUUAGGAUAACAUGAAAAAUCCUGGAUGAAUUUUGCAAAUGUGCUUUAAAAGAAAAAUAUGAGUAAAUACUCUUUUUUUUUUUUUUCAAACCAAAGAUGAGGUUGAGCAUUUCUCACGUGCAAAAGUCAAAUGAAACAGUAUUUCAAACUGGCUUUAUGUGAUUCCUCUUGCACAAUAACUCACCAGUAUCAGUACCCAAUGAAGAGGAAAAUGUGGCUAUGUUAAGCCCUCUUAAUGGUAUUUAAGAGUCUGUAAUUUACUGGGAAAUGAUUAAGAUGGUAAUGACUCACCUGCUCUUAGUGUUGUGUACUAAUGUUGCAUCAAAUGAAGCAUUUUUUUUCAUGCUCUCACUUUCAGUACAGCUGAUGAGGAAGGGUGAAAAAAUGUAAAGUAGAUGCAACUAUCAGCAGCUUUUCCUGCUUCAGUUUAGCAUCCAAAAGAAGCCAUUCUCUUGUUUCAGAGCUGUUUUAAUUUGUGAAGUUACACAUCUUUGUUCUUGAAUUUUACUUGCAUUUAUUGCCCCUCCAGCAUGAUAAGAGCAGGUUUUGCAAUUACCUAAUUUGACAAGCUGUAAAUCUUAUUAUUCAAGCCGUUGUGAACUCUGUGCUGUGAUUAUAUAACAAGUGUGAGUUCCUCACCCUCAUCUUGCUUCGUAGGUAGCUGGAGACAUUCACACGCUAACUUUUCUAAGUCCUUUUUUUAAAUUUUCAGUGAUGGAGGAUUGCAGUGUCAUCGUCAUGGUAACAAACUCCAUGAGCUAUUGCAUAAAGGCUGUAACAAAGACCCCGAAACUCAUGGAAAGUUUUGAGUAACGGCAUGCCUUACUGAGGACAGAAUAGUAGAUGUCUACAUAUCAUGUCCAUCUCUGGACUAUUUUUUGCAGUAGAUUGGAGUCUGAUAUAUGCAGAGUGCCGACUAAUAGACUGUGUGUGCAUGCUAAUGUGUGGUUUGUUUGUUUGAACUCCCAAUUAGUGGACACCAAGGAUUGGUUUUGUCCAUUUUUGCCUUGUUGACUUCUAAUGAUGGACAGACUUUGCAGAAAAAAAUGGCAAAACCCCCUAUUACUGUCAUGCCUUUUUUAUUUAAUUCAUUUCAGCAGGACUAACGUUUGUGAAUGUAGAAGAGCUUUGUGUUUGAUCAAAACAGGGCGAGUUAACCAUCUUCAAGCUUAAAGGCGAUGCCAAUAAUUGGCAUCUAUUGUGUCAUCUGCGGCGCUUUUCCAGAGAAGUGCAUAUAGCAAAUGAGAUGAUGGAGCCAUUAUGGCAGCAGCCAUCAACAUGUCCUGAAAGCUAUUUCAGUAAAGCUGCGGCUCAGGGAUAUUUCAAGAAACAGAUUUACCCAGACAAGAAUGGACAGAAAGUAAUUAUGGAUAAACGCUCCUCUCGAUGUCCCGAGCCCUUUGACGAGUUAAAUCCCACGGGGACUUCAACAGUUUGACAAGUUGUAGCUCCGAGACGCAACACGGCAAAUGCAGCCGGAGCAAUCAUCCUGCAGUGAGAGAAAUGUUUGUUUGUCGACGCUGACCUCUUUGUGUCUCAUUUAUUGUGCGAGAGACACCAGAGUUCAGGAGAGAGGCGCAGCCGCCGCUGUGGGUUGGUCUGUCCUUGAAGCAUCCCUCAGAGGGUUGACGUCAACACUUCACUGUAAAUAUCACAACUUCCAUCAACUCUAAAGAAACAUGGUUUAUUCAAACUGUUAUAAUUUUGUACUGUAUACCUACAAAGUCACCUACUGUAUUUUUUUAUCUGUCAGAGUUUAUCCAGUUUUCCUCUUUGGGUUCAGGUACCAUCUAAUAAAAGUAAAAAAAAAACAACAAAAAAAACUAAUUCAAGAGUUAUGUAAAAUGUAUAAAUAAUUGAUCAAAGCUAUUUAAAAAGAUGCGGGAAAUAAAUAAACUGCUAU